AUGGUUAAUCCUUAUUUCACCAUUUCCUAUCACUUUUUUAAAGAAACUGAUCUCGAUCCGUUAUUGUCAUGUCGACAGGCGAGAGUCUUUACUCGUACGUGGCUCUACUGCCCCUUACCCAUGGUUAUACCUUUCUACUAUAGCUUUUUAACACAUACAUACAAUAUUGAGGCCGCUAUGAUCUCCAACUACAGUGAGUAUAUGGACUUGUACUUAUCGUCUCAAUUAUGCCGCUCUUUUCUUAUAUCUGCUCCUACAUCGACUUUUGGAUGGUGGUUGGCAUUUUUCAUAUCUGAUCAGAAUGCUGUGUAUUAUACAUCGGAUGAAAGGAAUCAAGAUGGUAAAAUAGUAACCAGAGAAUUAACCAUCGCCGAGUAUAAACAAUGUGCUCAAUUCACAAAUUUCAAUAAAAUUACAAUAUUGAAACGUCUCUUUUUCAGGAAAUCAUGGCAACGAAUAUGA